AAGGCUGCUGUUUCAGGUGAGGUCGUUAGUUGAAUUCGGUGACUGCAAUGGGUUGCAAGUAAUCCAGUGCUCAGGUCGUGAUCCAAGAACGCGUAACAAAUACAAUGUCAUCAUCUCCGUACGCCAUGCGCAUGGCGCAUCUUUCUGCGCGCGUAUUCGGAGAAGUUGCGCGGCCGACAAGCCGAAAGUCGCACCGAGUUAUACAACUAUUUAGUGAGAAGCCUUGGGAUCUCCGUCACAACCAAACUGAUGGUUAUUAUCCACCACAUCACGACUGGAGUGUUCUCAUGUUUCGCCUGCGGAUGCACGGCCUAUACCGCGACGAGCAUCUAGACUUUAAGGAUGAAAUGAAACGAAUAAAUAUUUUACGAGGCAAAAGCCCGCCCAAGAAAGGAGAAGGAAGACGAACCAAGAUUGCACAGUAGUAAAAUAGUUAUUGAACUCCAUUCAUCAGUCAGCAUUCUGGUUAAAACAGUUGCCUGCCAGUGAGAACAGAAUUACUUCAAUUCAUCAUAAAAAGUAUGAGCUAAUGUAGCAUAAUAUAAUAGUUUAUGAUAAUAAACCUAUAUCUCAAAUUGUGUUUAUAUUAUAUGUAUA